AGUAAUGAUUGCACCACGUCUGGGUAGACAUGCGGUCGCUUCGGUGUUUCGUUUGGGAAGUUGCCAAUUUCCCGUUAAUCAGCAAUCCUUGCGCUACAUGUCCAAGCUCACGUCGAGAAGUGUCGUGACCUCGGGCCGAAUGAAGAUGCCGGUGUUCGGCCUGGGGACCUGGCAGUCCCCUCCAGAAGACAUAGACACUGCUUUGAAAGUGGCAAUUCAAACAGGCUAUAGACAUAUAGACACUGCAUAUUCUUACCAAAAUGAAACUGCUAUUGGGGCAUCACUGGCAAAAAUGUUUGAUACUGGAAAAAUUAAAAGAGAAGAUUUGUUUAUUGUUACAAAGCUUCCAAUGAUUGGAAAUAGGGCAGAAGAUGUUGAAGUUUUUCUGAGGAAGUCUCUUGAAAACCUAAAGCUUGAUUAUGUGGAUUUAUAUUUGAUCCAUAUACCAAUCGGAAUGGUCAAUAGAGGUCUUAAUGUGAUUUUCCCCAAAGAUGAACAAGGAAACCUUUUAAUAGAUCACAGUACCAACAUUGUUGAAGUAUGGAAAGCCAUGGAAGCACAAGUUGAUGCUGGCAGAACAAAAAAUAUAGGUUUAUCCAAUUUCAACCAAAGCCAAAUUAAAAGAAUUCUUGACAACUGUCGCAUUCACCCAACAAACCUUCAGGUGGAAAUGCACAUCUACCUGCAACAGAAAGACUUAGUAUCUUUCUGCAAACAGAAUGAUAUAACUGUGUGUGCCUAUUCAUCACUUGGCUCUCCUGCCCUUCUGACAGUGAUGAAACAUAGAGGAUUUUCUACUGAGGGGUAUAUUUUUUUCAUCUCUUUCAAAUAUUUCUUUUAUACUUUAUCAUGAUUUUACACUAUUUUUAGCAUUACACUCACUAUUUUUUUUUUAGUGUUUCUGAUGGUGAAACUUAUUGAUAUUUCUUUAAUUGAGGGUUGAUAUUUCAGGAUUGAAAUUUAAAUUCAACAAAAAAUACGUCUUCCUGAAUAAUUUUAUAUUUUUUCCUCUCUUCACAACAGGUAUCGGUCUUUGAUCAGACCUCCAUAAGUUAGCCUGAUCAAAGACCAAAACCGGUUGUAAAAGAAUUAUACAGGAAGAAAACAUCUUUUUCAUUGGAUUUAUUGAUAUUUUUAUCACUGUUACUACACCCCAAUUUAAGAUGACUUAUUCAUGUGAAUAUAUGUAUUAGAAAAUAUUGAGAUAUCAUUGGAGUUCUUUAAAAAGAGUGGAUCCAAUGGUUCACUACUCUCCAGGAGAACAUGUUAAACUUUCGAAUGUGAAUUUUCAUUUUCGUACUUCACGUAGGAGAUCUAGAUGAACCAUUUUCAAAUAUAACAAUCAUUCAUUGUUAUUUUACAGUUUUUUACACAUUUGUACUACUCAUGAGUUUAAAAAGUUAAAAAUUUGAAAAUAUAUUUUUUUUUUAUUUACCUCUAUUAUAGAACAUCAAUGAUCUUCCAAGAUAAAUAAUUAUCUUUUAUCGAAAUAAAAUAUUUUUUCUUUGAAGGGUAAGGGUUUUACGUCCUAUGGAAGAUCCUCUAAUUAUUGAAAUUGCUAAGAGGUACAAUAAGCAGCCUUCCCAUAUUCUCUUAAGGUACCUAAUUGAAUAUGGAGUGGUAGUUAUUCCAAAAAGCACGAAUCCUUCAAGAAUCAAACAAAAUUUUGAGGUAUUCGACUUUGAACUGACAAAGGAAGAAUUCGAAAGGAUAAGUGCUUUAGACCGUGGUGAGGAGGGAAGAAUAUUUGGUGGGCGUGGAAAUAAAGGUAUUGUCAAUCUAAUGGAAAGUCAUCCUGAAUAUCCAUUUCCAAAAUAAUAUUAAAUUAUUAACUAAAAUUAAAAUUAUUACCCAAAUAAAAUAUUUUAUUUUUAAAUCCUUAUCAUUUAAUUUAAUUGAUUUACCUUGAAGUACAUUUCAAGUGGCUCAGACCUCAAUUAUAUACAUUUAAUAUUCUUUUAUAUCUCUUCUAAUGAUUUGAAAAUAUUGAAAAACAGUUUGAACAGCUUGAAAACAGAAGAUAUUAUAAAUAUUUCCUGGAAUCUUUGACAACACACACUGACCAACCUACAAAUGUAGUUGGUCAUACAUACCUAAUGUAUUUUGCUUUGAAAAUGUUGAUUUUAUAGAGUUUGGAUAAUUGAAAUUAACAAUAGGUGUUUAAAUAUGUUAACAAUCAAAGCAGAAAACAAAGAUUAUUCUUUUCUUGUUAAAAUUUCAUAAAUAAAUUUAAAAAAUCAGUCUUCGCAUU